AUGUGUUUCAUUAUAGUCCUUCUAUUAAUACUCUACAUAGGUUAUCGAUUGUAUCAAUAUUUAUAUCCCUCGCCAGACAUCAAUCCACGCGGUAAAUAUGUAUUGAUAAGUGGGUGCGAUACGGGGUUUGGUCAUACAUUAGCUAUUGAACUCGAUAAAAAAGGUUUCAAUGUUUUCGCUACUGUUUAUAAUGAUGAAAAUGAAGCUUUAUUGAAAAGUAAACUUUCGUCGAAUGCUACCGUCUUCUGUCUUGAUAUUACUAAGCCAACGCAAAUCGAAGCCGCUUAUAAAAUCGUUCGAGAUAAAACUGAUACAUUGCAUGCACUUGUUAAUAAUGCGGGUAUCGAUCAAGAUAGUUUAAUCGAUUGGAUUACACUUGAUUUUAUGAGGAAAAUGAUGGAAGUUAACUUUUUUGGGCAUGUUGCAAUGACGAAAACAUUUUUACCAUUACUGAUAGCCAAACGUGAUUCGCGCGUUAUUAAUUUAUGUUCCGUAGCUGGUUAUUUAGCAGCACCGAGUAUGUCAUCGUAUUGUGCGUCGAAAUUCGCCUUCGAAUCAUUUUCCGAUUGUCUCCGUCGUGAAAUGCAUCCAUGGGGACUACAUGUCAGUAUAAUUGAGCCCGGUUACAUGCGUACGCCGAUCAUCGAAGGACAUGUAGAAGUAAUGCGUAAAAUAUGGGAUUCAUUACCAACAGAUACAAAAGAUCGAUGGGGUAAAGACUAUUUUAAUAAUCUAUUGGAAAGACGAAACAACAAUUUAUUUAUUCAUUUUGCUGAAAAUCCUAUACGAGUAGUACAAUCGAUUCAACAUGCUGUUAUUAAUACAAAACCAUCUAUACGUUAUCGACCUGGAUGGCAAUCAAGUUUCAUUUUCUUUCCACUUUCAAUGAUUCCGGCUUGGAGUACUGAUAUAAUGAUGGAUAAAUUACGUGGUCGAAGUGUAAUACCUGCCGGCGUAUCCAAACAACUUAUGUAA